UCUUCCUCCAUCUCCAUGAGAGGUGGAGCACUUCUCUCUCUGCUCUGCCUCUCUUUCCUUCAAGUAGCGCGGCCGGCGACGUUCACCGUGACGAACGGCUGCAGCUACACGGUGUGGCCGGGCAUCCUCUCCAACGCCGGCGUCCCGCCGCCGGCCACCACGGGCUUCGCGCUCUCCCCGGCCGAGUCCCGAGCCGUGGCCGUCGCCGAUGGCUGGUCCGGCCGCAUCUGGGGACGCACGCUCUGCGGGCCAUCCGUCGCAGGCGCCUUUGCGUGCGCGACCGGCGACUGCGGCUCGGGCACCGUCGAGUGCUCCGGCCGCGGUGCCGCACCGCCGGCUACCCUUGCGGAGUUCACCCUCGCUUCCGGAGCCGCUGGCGAGAACGACUUCUACGACGUCAGCCUCGUGGACGGCUACAACGUGCCGGUGGUCGUGGCGCCGGCAGCGGCGGCGAACGGGAGCUCGUGCCAGCCCACGGGCUGCCCCGUCGACCUGAACGCGUCGUGCCCGCCGGAGCUGCGCGUCACCGUCGCGGCGUCGGGCGCGACAGUGGCGUGCCGGAGCGCGUGCGAGGCGUUCGGGACGGCGGAGUACUGCUGCAGCGGCGCGCACGGGACGCCGGCGACGUGCCCGCCAACGGCCUACUCGCGCUUCUUCAAGGCGGCCUGCCCGCUCGCGUACAGCUACGCCUACGACGACGCCACGUCGACCUUCACCUGCGCCGGCGGCGGGUACGACGUCGUGUUCUGCCCCGGCGGGUCAAGCCUGAACCCUGGUGCGAAUCCCGGGGCAGCGGUGCCCCCAUCGACAAGCACAGCCUACCCGCCAAUGGUGUUCUCAUCGGCGGAUGCAGAUCCGGCAAUGACCAGAUGCGCCAUCAUUCUCCUCCUCGUGGCCAUGACCAUCUUCCAUGCGAUGUCGACGCAGUGA